AUGGCACAAGCUCGCAAGAGCACAUCCCAACCAGCUUGCCGUUACCCAGCCCAACACGCCUACAAGAACAACCUCAUCAAGACGGGUGGCUCGAUGGUCAUGACUAUCGGUAAUGUUCAUCACUGGCCAUAUCCCGGCUUUUCGCCGGAAGCACGAGAUAGUUUAUUCAAAUCUCAAGAAGAGAAACUACCUGUCGGGCAUGUCGGGACGCCCGAAGAAACCGCCGAGGCAUAUAUUUUCGCCGCGAAGCGCACUUAUCUUACGGGCCAAGUUAUCGUUAUUGACGGUGGAGGAGUGUUGGCUUGA